GUCUCGCGAAGUGGUCUACGACCCACUGAGCACCGAGUCCGAUAAGAAAGAGGACCAAUAAAUCCUUUCAACCGGGCGAUGGAGAAUCAUUGUUCAGACUCUCGUUCAGGUGAGGUAUACAAGCAUCAUGGAUAGUACUCAGGGGCCACGAGAAGAAAGAAACUGCAUUUGGCCCCCAAAUUCUUCACGACUCCAGAUCCACCGUGACUCGAAUCCCAAGAUGACACACCACACAAUAGCACAGACGAUACAUUCAUGCUGCAGCGCAUGGCCGGAGUACUGCAUAUAAAUACUAGGCUCAACGUCCUUUCUUCCAAACAAUGCAUCUCUCUCAACCAGAGCAUUGUCUCCUUUUCAACGGUCACUAUCAACAACAAUCGUAAACCCGCUUAGCAGCCAUGCGAACUCAACUUUGGACGGCCCUGUUGACCGGUGCGGCCGCCUUGCAUGGGGCGAUGGCGCAAAACAUUACCGUUUAUGGCGCGGCGGAGCUACCGGCGGGUGCCACCGAGACAUUUCUGACCUGUCUGUCCAGCCUGGAGACCAGCUACCGGGUGUACGUGGACUCCGGGAUGACAGUGAUCCUCCCGCCGGGAAGCAACCAAAUCAUCACGCUGGACGGUGCGGACAGCGGGCUCUACGACUGCCUGACCGUCUCCGAGGUGAUGACGGGGAUGCAACUCGCCGUCGAGGACACGGUCAAAACCGACGCGAACCAAGAGGAGAACAGCAUCCCCGCGAGCGCGGCGACCUACGCGUGGCUCCUCGCGCAGGGCGCCCAAGGCCAAACGCCAAUCGGGACCCGGCCGUCCGCCAGCGCCAACAGCACCACCAUCCACGACGAGGAUGAGGGCCUCGGGCGACGGGACGAUGAUCACCGGGGGCUGGCGAAACGCACCCACUACCACUACUACGGCUACCUGUCCGACUACUCGGCCUGCACCGACUCAGCGCUCGUGACCCGCUACGGCAGCACCUGCUACAACCAUAACCAGGCCUACUACGGGGUGCGGUUCGAGAACGCCUUCGCCGAGAAGAUCCUCACCAUGAUCAUCUGGCCGCACCACCGCUGCGAGAACGGCAACGUGCGUUCCUUCACCGUCGCGCCCCUGUCGCUCAGUGCUUGCCAGUCGCGCACGACCUACUCCUAUUAUGGUCAUUAUGUCACCUGCAAAUGCACCUAGCGCGGAAGAACGAUAUAGACCCGACGAUCUCGUCCGACGGAAUAUCA